CCUCCCUGCCUGUUGUAGAAUCGAUUUCUCUUGGCAUGAGAUCUACACAGCAGGUCAGUGAAGUAGCCAGUUGGAGACACGGUGGGUAAUUUAUCUCGGCAUGAAUCGAUCACGCUAGUUGGUACUGGAAUUAUUCACUGUCGUGCUGAGAGAACGCUCAUCGGACUUUCGGUUUGACGAGUGUGUUCUCCCAGCGGCGGCUCGCCGUCCUGACGAGUUCAGACACAGAGAACGGCAAGCCCCAGAGUUCCUGCUCCGUCACUUCACACACACACACACACACAGAGAGAGAGCGCUCCUCGGUUUCACCGCUCCCUCCAGCUCGGAGCAUGUCAAGUCCGACAGUCGGGCUGAAGGGCCGUCCCGCACUGUGUAGCAUGAUCGCCAGCACCAGGAACCUCUUCGUGGGCAGAAAGAGGAAAAGGGUCGCUCACAACCCCGAGAGUGCCGAGCAGGAAACCGGGAAUGCCGCCAAGUCCAACCCUUCCAAAAGGCACCGGGACCGCCUCAAUGUGGAAUUUGACAACCUGUUGAGGCUCCUACCAACCAGCGAGGACAUUGCCGGGCGACUGGACAAACUCUCCAUCCUCCGCCUCAGCGUCAGCUGCCUCCGCCUGAAAAGAUUCUUUGAAGCUACUUUGAGGCAACAGAAGAAAUGCCCACCUGCAGAGCAGGCUAACAAUGCCAGACUGGACUGGCAGCUGCCAAACCACGGCAAUGUAAUCCUGUCCGAAGGGGAACUGCUCCUGCAGGCGCUGAAUGGCUUCGUCCUGGUGGUGACCACAGAAGGUGACAUCUUCUAUGCAUCCCCUUCCAUUCAAGAAUAUGUGGGAUUCCACCAGACUGCUGUUCUGCACCAGCCUGUGUACGAACUGCUUCAUCCCGAAGAUCGCGAUGAGUUUCGGCGCCAGUUGCAUUGGGCGCUGGACCCAGUGCCACGCUCCAACUUGGCACAGUCGGGUAACAGCACAGAUGCUGACGUUACUAGGAGGUACGAUCCACAGCAACUCCCCCCCGAGAACUCCACUUUCCUCGAGAGGAAUUUUGUGUGUAAAAUGCGCUCUCUCCUCAACAACCCCUCUGGCUACAUGGCUCUAAACGUUGAAGGCAAGCUGAAGUACCUCCAUGGGCAGAACAAGCGGGCAGAAGAUGGCACUCUCCUACCUCCACAGUUGGCACUCUUUGCCAUCGCGACCCCCCUCCAAGUGCCUUCAAUCCUUGAAAUCAGGACCAGAAGUGCCCUGUUUCAGACGAAACACAAGCUCGACUUUUCACCUGUUGCCUGUGACACAAAGGCUCGGAUUGUGCUGGGUUACUCGGAACUGGAGCUGUGUAUGCGAGGGUCGGGAUACCAGUUUAUUCAUGCUGAUGACAUGCUUUACUGUGCAGACAACCAUGUCCGAUUGAUGAAGACGGGUGAGAGUGGCAUGACUAUCUUCAGGCUGCUGACCAAGCAGAAUGUCUGGAUCUGGGUCCAAGCAAACGCCCGCCUCGUUUACAAGAACGGCCUGCCGGACUGCAUCAUCGCAAAGCAGAGACUCCUAACAGACAAGGAAGGGCUGGACCACUUCCAGAAGCGGACAAUGCCGUUUCCACUUCCGUUCUCAACAGGACAGGCUGUGCUCUAUGACCAUGGUUUGCCAAUGCUCGGCCUCACCAGUUCCUUUCCGUCGGAGAGCAGCAACAGCAGUGUGCCACAGAGUGGAUACAUGGAUCCCAACUCGCUCCUGGGCAUCAUGAUGAGCCAAGACAGGGCCGUGUACAUCAGACCCCCAGCCACUGAGCCGAAGUACUCCAUCAGCCGGGUCAGUGGAGGGGUUGAGCUGGGAGGGAGUGCACUGGGUCCCCAGAAUGGAGAGAAAAACAUCAAAGAGGAAGAGGGCGCCUUCAAGCAGGAUGCUGACCUGUUGUCCCUGUUGGACGAUAUGCUACAAGGUGACAACGAUGAGGCAUUUACUGGCUUCCCAGAUGUACUGGAAAGCUUGGGGCCAGAGGACCUGGAACUGAUGCACUGGGUGGAAAGCACAUUGACCAUGGAGGGAGUUUCAGAAAGCCCCCUCAGUGACAUACUCACAAACGACCAGGUCCUGUCUUACAUUCAGGAGUCACUUAAGAAGAAGGAGCUGGGCCCUUGCCCACUGAACAGUCUGCAGCCAGACUUGGGCACAGGACGCCAGUUGGCUCAACGUUCGGACGCCGCGCAAGACAGGGGCAAGGGCUCUCCUUGGAUGCCAUCCUCCUCCGGGCAGCCGAGUGCCCCGUCAUCGAUGCCCCAACCGCCGUCAAAGGUGAAUCGCUUGACCCAUGGGCUGGUGCCACCUUGUAGCCUGGCGCACAGAAUGCAGCACGGCCAGCACAGAGGGCAGUGGCCCCACCCCGCGCAGCGGCUGCCACCCCCGCCGAGCCCGGCUCCCGCGCCGCGCCAGUGCGCGCAGCAGCAAGCCCGCUGUGAGCAGCGGGCAGCCAGACGGGAGCUGAAGCUGCCGCAGCGGGUUCAUUGGCAGCAGUGCAGCCAGCAGUCAGGCUGUUAUCUCCAGCAGCCUGGCGAUCCCAAUCCAUUCCCCAUCGGCGGGCUCAACCCAAGCUGCGCCAGUGGGUACCCGAGAGGCCCACACAGCGGCAGAGCUGAAUCGCAGCAAAACGUACCCCUCCUUAACCUGGCACCCACCCCUGCAAACGGCACGGUCUGUGGAGCUCCCUCUCAGCAGAGCAGACUGGACUUCAGUCAUCCAGGAAUUGCACUCCCUAGUUACGGACGAGAGACUCAGAGUGCAACCCGCUGGUUCCCCAGGGAGAACCAAGCCAGCGGAACCCUGUUUCCAUGUUUCAGCUCCCCCCCGACACCUCCCAGGAAGAGUGCAAGUCUCCCUGUAUUUCACCCGGCAUCAACUGUCCCUUUGUGCCAUGAGUACCCUCACGUGCAUCCCGAAGACCAAAAUGGCUGGCACCCUGUGGACCUGUACAAGAUGAAAGAAGAUUCCAAUGGCUUUCUUGGCUUUCACCCUGCUCUGAACGGUACCCCGAUUUUUGGCAAUGGCUCCGCCCAAUGAGGAACCAGCCGGGCCUCUCACGAACAGAUCUGACGCCAUCUUUGCUCAGGGCUCCACUGUCUCCUUGGCAACGAGUGAAGGCUCCUGGAAGAUCCAAACCUUAUCAGGGAAGUGGCUUUUAGCUUUUCAACUUCAGAAGAUUUUGUUUGACAGAGGCUUAAAUUUGUCGUAGUAAAUGCUGCAACAAGUCCGUGACUUCCUCUGUGUCAAGAAGCUUUGAGGAAAACAAUUGCAACAUGGCAGAUUUAUUGCCUCUACCCAUAAAAGAUCAUCCUCAAGGUUUGGUUGUAGUGGAUGGCAUUUCUGGAGAACAGCCUUGCUUUCAGUAAGAAAACUGUCUCUUGAAUAUUCCUGGUUAGUUAAUCUGCUGGUUUUUGUAAGCGGGAAAGGUAAAUCCCAUCAUUUGACUGGGAGUCGCUGUUUGGAAGACACAAGGAAAGGUUUUUAAAGAUGCCAGAAAUCAAACUUAAGACCUUCCCAGAUCAAUCUUCCGAAAUGACGUAACGACAGAGGUGGGUUUCACAGGUUCUGCCACAUGAUAAAGUCGCUGAGAGUUACAGGGACAUUUUUCUUCUUUUUCUCACUUUCAAACUUUCAAGCAAUGUGUUUCAAGAAUGGAAACCACAGGAAGUGUGUGUGUGUGUGUGUGUGUGUGUGUGUGUGUGUGUGUGUGUGUAUGUGUGUGUAUGUCUGUGUGCGUAUAUGUCUGUGUGUGUAUGUCUGUGUGCGUAUAUGUCUAUGUGCGUAUAUGUCUGUGUGCGUAUAUGUCUGUGUGUGUAUAUGUCUGUGAGUGUGUAUGUCUAUGUACGUGUGUGUCUAUGUACGUGCGUGUGUGUCUAUGUGUGUGUGUAUGUCUGUGUGUGUGUAUGUCUGUGUGUGUAUGUCUGUGUGUGUAUAUGUCUGUGAGUGUGUAUGUCUAUAUAUAUGCGUGUGUCUGUGUAUGUAUGUGUGUGUCUGUGUACGUGCAUGUGUCUGUGUAUGUCUGUGUGUGUGUAUGUCUGUGAGUGUGUGUCUGUGUGUCUGUGGGUGGAUGUGUGUGUGUCUUUGUGUGUGUGUGUGUGGGUGUGUAUGUCUUUUACUGUGUGUGUGUAUGUGUGUCUGUGGGUGUGUGUGUGUGUGGAUGUGUAUUUCUUUGUGUGUGUGUGUGUGUGGAUGUGUAUGUCUUUGUGUGUGUGUAUGGGUGUGUGCGUGCAUGAUUGUGUGUGUGGGUGUAUGUUUGUGCGUGUGUGUGGGUGUGAACGUGGUGGGCUUCAUGGAGGGCUUGUUUGAGAGGCUGGCACAGUGAAGGAACACUUGAAACUAAAAAUGUGCCACAUAUGGAAAGGAAGAUGUCUGCUCCACCCUAUCAAAGUAAUGCCAGCGUCCCUACUUCUUCUUCCUGGAGUUUAAAAUCAAUUGUACCUCCAGGCUGAAAAUGUGUUUCCAAAGGUGACUGUCAGCACAUGGAGUUGAUGUUUGAGUGAUAGCCCACACACACCCAUUUCAAGGGUACAUCGUUCAUUCGGCUCUCUCCCUGCAAAGUUUCGUCACAAAGGGAUCCCACUUCAAGCUGAGGGUGAGGGAGCUGCUGACCUUUAUUCAAUGACAGGCAGGGGAAAAAAAAACCUGCCUUUGCCCCACACAGCUACAGUGCCUUGUUAAUCCAUUCUAUACACUCCUUGCCUGAACUGGCAACUAAUGGUCCCCUCAGAGUUUGGGGGUUGAGGGGGAGGGGCAGAAAGCCAGAUAAGAAUCCAGACCAGUUAUCAGGGAAAAUAAAUCUGGAAAAUUCAUCUUGGCCUCCGUUAGACAAUCAAAAGUGCCCACUCUGGCUCAACUAAUGUUUUACCUUGGCAAUAGAUGCACAAUACAAUGAGAUCCAGUGGUAUUUAAAACAAACCCUGAAAAAUGGGACUGUGCGUGAAGAGUUAUUGAUUAAUUGGAUCUGGUUAAAACACAAUUCACUUUCUAUUUAAACAGGUCUAGUUUCUGGAUUACAAGUGUAUCAUAAUGCAGUUAGUUUCAAGAGGUGGGAAGUAAGGAGGGAAUGAGGAAAGGGUUAGGAUGACAGACAGAGGUGAUGGGGAUGAAAGGAAGAGCAGCCAGAUAUGGAGAGAUCAGAAGGACUACAAUGCCUUAACCUUCUAGUGACUAAUCCCUUUGUGUGUAACUGGUUUGUUUCUCAUUGAUGAUCUGGAGGCAAGCAACAAAAAAGACUAGAGGUGGAUACUGAAGGCAUUCAAUGCUAAAACCCUCUUCAUCAUAAAAGAAAUGAUGAAAAAAGAAGUCUUUUGAGAAUCCUUUUAAAGCUGUGAUACCAUAGGGUUUUUAAAAGAAAAUUUAAACAGACAUUUCAUUACUUUUACCAUUUACUUCAAUGUCUCCCGUUACCCACGUUCUGUGAAGCAGUCACAGUGUAACAAUUUGGACACUGUUGUGCGUUGUUCUAACCACAGUCCUUUGAUUUUGGAACAAUUGUAACUGGACACUGAUUGGUGGGACUGAGAGAUGCUCUUCAUUCCCAGUCCUGUCUGAAAUUACUGAGCUGCUAUAACUUUUAUAACACAAGGAAACAUCUCUUUUGUUAAACUCCAAAUGGACCUUUUGUCUAGUCUUACACCAAGACUCAGAUUUUAUCUUCCGAUAUUGUGGUUUGCGUCUGAAUAUUUCAGACUUCGUGCAACAUUAGGUAAAUAAAGAGGUUAUGAUACUAAAUUAUUGACUAGUUCCUAUUUGACAAGCUGCAUCCUGUCACUGCAUGAUGCUGCUCCCAUGGUAACACCACCAAUUUCCUCUUAACCUAAACAUUCUCCCAUGUCAGUUCUAAAUAGUCCCUGGUUUGAUCCCUUUCCCUCUCUACACACCAAUCUCUAAACAGAGGGGGAUGAGCUUUCCUCCCAGGCCUUUUGAGAAUGCUCUUUGUGAUCUGGUCACCAGCAAGUAUCUAGGUCCUGGAUGUAGGUUUGCUUCCUGAGCUGGAAGGUUCAUUUCCAGACGUUUC